GGCGGAGGAGGGGAGGGAGCGGCAGUGCUCUCCCCAGGCGAGGCGUCGCGGCGCCCAGUCUCCUCCAGGUCCCCACGGCGCUCGGCUGCUCCACCAGGAUGACGAACACGAUGACGACAACGGCGGCGUGGCAGGUGGCUCUCCUGGUGCUGGCGGCGGCAACUGGCGGCUCGCGCGCGGCCUUCCAGUGCCCGGAGAAGUACGGCCAGUUCGAGGACCCGAAGCAGUGCGACAAGUACUACGAGUGCGACGACGGCGUGGCCACGGAGAAGCUGUGCCCCGACGGCCUCAUGUUCGACCCGUUCCAGCGCAAGACCAACAAGUGCGACCAGCCCUUCAACGUGGACUGCGGGGACCGCGUCGAGCUGCAGCCGCCCAAGGGCAACGCCAACUGCCCCAGGAAGAACGGCUUCUUCGCGCACCCUGACCCCUCCGUCUGCCACCUGUUCUUCAACUGCAUCGACGGCGCGCACAUCGAGAUAGCCUGCACGCCAGGGCUGCACUUCGACGAGUACCAGGGCAUCUGCGUGUGGCCCGAGACGGCGGGUCGCACCGGCUGCGGCAAGAUGGAGGCCAAGCUGAAGGACGGCUUCGAGUGCCCCAAGGAGCAGCAGGCUGACGGUCGCAGCCAGGCGGUGGCGCACCCCAAGUUCGCGCACCCGGACGACUGCCAGAAGUUCUACGUGUGCCUGAACGGCGUGAUGCCCCGCGAGCUGGGCUGCUCGCUGGGAGAAGUCUACAACGAGGAGGAGCAGAAGUGCGACGCGCCCGAGAACGUGCCCGGAUGCGAGGAAUGGUACAAAGACAACCCGGCAGUGGAGAAACCCAAGGCCAAGAAGGCGUAAGGCGAGGACUCGCUAGGAGUUCUGGGAGCGGCGCAUCGUCGACGAAGAAGUGUGUUAACUUGCGGUGCCUCGCUCGUAAUCUGUAUUGAGAGCAGUCGGCAAAACAUCCGACUCGAAUGAGGAACGAGUCAUUGUUUCACGAACAUGAGUGCAUGAAGUUAAUAGGCUGUAAACAGACUACUCAGUCUUCAUUCAUUACAGUUUGUGAUUAUUUUUAUACUAAGUCAUGCGUUUGGUGUCAGCGGAAAUGCGCGAAAAAAAAUUUAGCUUAUGCUAUUUCAUGGUUGUUACCAUUUUACCAAACUCAUGUAAUUUUUUUCUCCAACAUAAAUUUGAAUACGUUUCUAUUGUUUUGCUUACAAGGAAACUGGUUUUGUUGUUUCAAUUAGGAAAAAUAUAAUUUAAUAAGUAUAAAUCUAAUUUUUGCAUUGUUAAAGCCAGCUAUAAUUUAACUAGGUAGUUCAGUUACGCAAGAUUGGUCACAAGAAUGUUUAAAAAUUGAUUUGUUGGUAUUACAAGUUCAGUAAAUUUACAAACGCAAAAAAAAAA